AUGCCUCGUCUGACAUGCGCCUCGAACACGCGAAACGCGUCGUCUAGCACGAGCAGUAGAAGUAGAAGCUCGCAACCCGCGACGCGAGGUCGCAAGAGAAAAUCGACCGAGUCAAACUCUCUUCGCGGCUCUAAGCGAGGGAAGAAGGACGAUGGAUCGAGUUCUACUUCCACAGAAUUGGAAUUGACCCCCAAUGAGGCGGGUAAACCGCGAUUGACCACGCCGGAUUUAGAAUUCGAUUACGAUCGCACCCAGCUACGUAACCAGCGACCCACGCCCGGACGCGUCGCGCGGCCUCGAUACGAAGAGUACGAUCUACCAGAAGGAUUCAAGGAGCAAUUCUACGUGCCCGCGCCGGUUAAAAAAAAGGGGCGGCUCAAUGCCUUCGAAAAAGAUGAACUGUAUCGGCAAGGAUCACUUCUAGAUCCUAGCGCAAUAUUCCACGUUCUAAACGUAUGUCACCGCAAAGGUCGCAAGGUCGGUGGGAUGGAGAAGGCGCUUGAGAGACAUGCACGCGAGGAACGUGAAAUCUUUGGUAAAUUCUUCGUCGAUGGUGUUACUCCGGCAGCUGAAAGACAUAUUGUACUGGAUUACGUGAAGGACCAUGUUUCCAAAGAUCUCGGUAUUCCGUGGCAUCAGAUCGUACUCAAGCACUUUGUAGAAUGGGAAGAAAAGGGUUUCCCAAAGCAAAAGGCGGACGAGUGGUGGAAGCCACCAAACAAAGAGGAGAAGCGGCGGAUGUCAAAAAUGCAAAGCGGCAGCACGUUGAGGAAGGACCUUUAA